GCCAGCAUGCCGACAACAGUGGAUCGAUCGACGGACAAACGAUGUUUUUCCGGCGCACAGAUGUUUCUCUGUUCAAUGGUGCACGCUUUUAAAAGCGCCUUCUUAAAUCGGUGCAUUAUUCACGUAAAUAUGUUACUGUAGGCUAUUGUAUCGUUGCUUCUGCUGGCGGAGCUUUGUGACUACCACACGGCACGAGGGAUUGUCCGACGACAGUAGAUGAAAGACUCCCUGUUAUGACAUCCUCCAAAGACAUGAGUAGCAGUGAAAGACAUGAAGAAAAAGGCAGGCUAAACUAGACUUCAUGGCACAUUGUCACAGGUUCAAGCCCCAGACUUACAACACAGUAAUGUCAGUCCAAUAAGAUUCUUUCUGUUCAAAUAUAAGGCACACUUGUAUCGGGAUCGCGCCACGGAUAUAACUCUGACCAGGGCACUUACACCUGUGUUGACUAGCAUAGACUCACACACAAGCAAGUAGGCCUGGUAAACGUCUUACACAAGCCAUGGAUGACCAGCAGGAGGACUCAGAGGGCCUGUACGAUGUGCAGCACCAGUACAUGUGUAGCGAGUGCCACCAGCUCUUCAACACCUUAGAAGAAGUGCUGGUGCACCAGCAGAUCCACACAGGUCCAGAGGGGGAAGAGGAAGACAAUGGGGAGGCUAUGGACAUGCAGGGCAUCUCGGAGUACGGGGAAAGCCAGUACCAGUGCCUGGAGUGUGGUGCCCUCCUCAGGAACCCCGACGAACUGCUACUGCAUCAGGAGUUGCACAUGAGAGAAGCAGGUCUGGAGACAGAACAGCAUGAGCUGUGUGAGGUGUUGGAGACGGAUGAAACCGGGGCAGAGGGCCAAGUGUCGGGGCCCGUCCAGUACCAGUGUUUAGACUGCCUGGCGUUGUUUGACUCUCCAGAGGUCUGGCUGGCCCACAGACAGACCCAUAGCAAGAGCAGCACACACAGUGCCUCCGAGACUGAGUAUGUGCUGCAGCCCGAUGGCACCGUGACGCCACUGGUCAGUGUUCAGAACUUUGUCUUGAGCGAACAACAAGCCGGGGAGAUCUUAGCACAGGUCCUGGCUCAGCAGCAGCAGCAGCAGCAACAACACAACCCCGCCCCCUCGCCUUCCACCCCCUCACGGACCACUCUCCUGCCCCCGGUCUCCCCGCUCCCUGGCUCGGCCACCAUGCGUCUCCAGAUCUGCAGUGCCCAGGCCCUGGCCGAUGGUUCCAGCACCCCUGGACUACGGCGGGCCAAGCUACUACCCCUGCUCACCCCUCUGGGGGUGAACUCGGUAGGAAAGUUGGGGGUCCAAGAGAACGGGUUCCAGAGACUGGAGGUGGCUCUGUCUGCCGUCCGGGAGGACUGCCAGCAGCAGGGGGAGGGGGUGAUCUUCCACCCGUACGAGUGCUCUGAGUGUGCCCUCCUCUUCCAGACCCCCGAGGACUUCCUACAGCACCAAGGGGACCACUUCCUGGCACAGGAGAAGGAGAGCGGCGAGGACGGGGUGAUGACAGGUUACGAGGAGGACCGAGGGCGGGAGGAAGAGGCGGAGAGAGGGGAGGAUCACGGGGGGAGGGUGGGGGAGGAGAGGGGAAAAGGCGGCGGGAGACGCACCCUGACUAAAACCCCCAGGAAUGCCCCCCAGUGCCUGCAGUGCGGCCAGUGCCAGCGUACCUUCACGUCAGCCAACCGGCUGGCCGCUCACCGGCGAGUGCACGAGCACGGCACGUACGAGUGCAAGGAGUGCGACAAGGUGUUCAAGAAGGCGGCGUCGCUGCAAACCCACAUGCGCACCCACUCCGGGGAGGCCAGGUACCUCUGUGUGGACUGUGGACACAGCUUCACCACAGAGAUGACCCUCAUCAUCCACAGGAAGUCUCACACGGCGGAGCCACUGCACAGGUGUGAGCACUGUGCCAAGACCUUCAUCAACAUGACAAAGUUCCUGUACCACCGUAGAACCCACACAACCAAACCCGGCUCGGCUACGCCUUCCCCUGGCGCCGCGGUCCCCUCAGCUCCCAGGAGGGUGUCCCAGUCUGCCCUGUCCAUCCUCCAGAGAGCCCGGGCCCUGAGGGAUGAGGCCAAGGGUGAGGGCAGCCCCACGGAGCCGGUCGGGGGCGAGGACAACCUGAUGGCUCCUCUCACUGAGGCAGAGAUGGAGAUGGACGGCUCAGGUGAGGACACGGCGUCCAGCUCCCUGAGCAGGGCUGAAGGGGGAGAGAACGGGCUGGAGGCGGAGGGGCCACCGGGGGCCAGGGUCGAGUCCCAUCAGGGAGGACAAGCGGCUGACCCAUGUUCGUCUACAGACCCUGACCCCUCUGGCUCCCCUGCGUUCCCCUGCCCCUCCUGCCCUCAGUCCUUCGCCUCCUUGCUCCGCCUGGUCAAACACCGGCACACGGCCCACGUGUCCGAGCGCCGCUUCAAGUGCUCCGCGUGCACAAAGACCUUCAAGAAGCAGAUCCACCUCCGCAACCACCUGCGCACGCACACCGGGGAGCGGCCCUUCCAGUGCUCCGACUGCGGCAAGACAUUCUCGUCCCUGGCCAACCUGUCGCGCCACAACCUCACCCACUCGGGCCUGCGCCCCUACCGCUGCGACGUCUGCCACCGGACCUUCACCCAGUCGUCCAACCUCCGUCAGCACCGUCUGCUCCACGCUAACCCCGCCCCCUGGCCGUGCCCGGACUGCCACGCCACCUUUGUGCGGCCGAACAAGCUGGCCGCUCACCGCUUUGCCGUGCACCCGGGGGCUCCGGCGCCCUUCUCCUGCCCCUGCUGCCAGAGCGGCUUCCUGCACCGGCGGCAGCGAGACCGCCACUGCCGCGAGGUCCACCAGGGCGAGGCCCAGGCGGCGGUGGGGGGGGGAGGGGAGGGGUCAGAGGGGAAGCCCCACACAGGCCCGGACGGGGAGCCCCUGUCAGAGCCCUCCACUUCGCAGGACCCAAGGGGCAGUGGGAGCGCGCGAGGGGGCCUGGACUGCAUGGUGUGCGGGAAGAAGCUCAAUUCUCCAGCCAACUGGCGUCUGCAUCAGCUCAGCCAUGGCCUGGUUCCCAGGGGGACGUCCCACCCGUGUCCGACGUGCGGUAAGGUGUUUGUCUCCUCCUCCGGGGUGGCCCUGCACCAGCGCAUCCACACGGGGGAGCGCCCCUUCCCCUGCAACCUGUGUGGCAAGCGCUUCCGGCAGAACACGCACCUGCGCGACCAUCUCCGCACGCAUACUGGGGAGCGGCCCUUCCGCUGUGAGGUGUGCAACAAGGGCUUCGUCCAGAGCAUGCACCUGGCUGAGCAUCGGCGCACACACACCGGGGAGAGGCCCUACGUCUGCCUGGUGUGUGCCAAGGCCUUUAAGACCUUCUCCAACCUGCGGAACCACAGGAAGACGCACACUCGCCGGCAGCGAAAGGCGGAUGAGGCGGCCGCGGAGGUUGCCAUGGAGACCAGCGCCGCCGUGGCGCUGGUGGACACGUCACAGGUGGAACUGGCCAAUGGGCAGUCUCAGCUGAUCCAGAUACAGACAUCAGACUUUCAGCAGACCCAGGGCACUCCCACCAUCAUGUGUAAUGAGUUUGGGGAGACCAUUGCCAUCAUAGAGACCAGUGAAGGAGGCGCUCUGCCCCUGGCUGAAGCCAUAGAGAUCUACCACACAGCCCUGGAGAACAGUCUGGGGAUGGAGUCCAUCACUGUAGACAGCCUACAGCUCAUCUGACCCUAGAGCCAGGCAACACUCCUGCUGCUGAGGGUCAUCUGUGUGAAUGUAUAGGUGUGGGAGAAACAUACAGCUGAGAUCAUGUAGUGAACUACAGAAAUCUAGAAAAACUGCUUGUCCUGAUCUCAUUGAGUAUAAAAAUGAUUCUGUAUAAUUCCGACAGGACACAAGUGUUAAUUUACUCCUGCUGACCAAAAUGUUACAUUAUUAUUGCUCAGAAAGACAGAGCAAAUCUGGUCAAUGGUGACAGGUAGUUGUGACAAGUGAAUCAAAGGCUAUUUUCUUGACUGCACAUGUCCAUGUAGUGUGAUUUUUACUUUGAAAACAAUGACUGUUCAUCCUUUUGCUGUAAAUAGAUAAACAAAUUAAUUAUUAAAAGAUGUUUGAUAA